UUCAAAUACAGUUUUAAAGCGACCUACAACUGACAAAGAAGAACGGCUAAUUGUGGGUUACCUUAAGUUUUUAAACCGACGCCGACAAGCGCGCCAUUUGUAAACUACGCCGAAUUGAAUUUGAAGUUUAUAAACGGUGAUAGAAAAGUGACCGUUAUUUGUGAUAACAGGUAAUACCUAACAAAUUAUAUCUAUUCUCCCAAGUUAUUCCAUAAACAAUUGUUUUUUAACAAUUUACUAGUUACAAAGCACAUAUAUUAAAAUGUCAACCUCUUACACACUGGAAGAAAUUUUGGAAAGACAAUGUGAAAAAUUGCAAGAUCUUGAAAUUGCAACGAUAUUUGUUAAAAGCAAAGAUGCAAUAAAAGAAGAACUUCUUAAAAUGCGUACAGCAAUCUUGCAGAAAUGUAAUGAUAUAGAAAUCAUGAGGCAAAAAUUGGAUGAAAUAAAGAAGCAGAAUAAUCAAUGUAGAGAAUUAAUGUUACAUAUCAAAGCUGUGAAUAAAAAAAUCAAUCACAUGGAAAAAAAUAUUCCAUCUGAGUUGAUUCAUGAUUAUUAUGAAACUCAAAAUCCCUUAUCAUUAAGAAGCAUGCCGGGAGAGGAAUUCACACCAGUACAUACAGUAAUAAGUGACAAUAGAGAAAAACAAGAGACUCCAAUGAUAGACUGUAAAAAAGUAUUAUUUAACGAACCUGAAGUUUGUCUUAUGAUAUCUUUGAUAGACACGGAUGAGUUCAAUAAAAUCCCAAAGUACAUUAUUGGGAGACAAUCUUUAGAAACAGUCAAUAAUUUUAUAAAUACCAUCAAUCAAAUAUUAAAAGCAAAAUAUAUGUUUUUAUCAUUGGGGAAAGCUCAUGCUAGAAAACAAGGCGAUUUGAAUCUUUAUUUACACUAUAAAAAACAGGAAAUGGACAUCUGUAAUGAUAAUAAAUAUGUAUACUUUUUCACUGGUGAAGAUUAUGAAAGACAAACGAAAUCCAAAUUAGACAAACUCAAAUUAAAUCUAAUGAUAGUUCUACGACAUUGCAAAAGAUUAAGGGAGCACAGGAUAAAAAAUGAUGUCCGAUAUGUAAUAUUACCAAAAUAAUAAUUAAGUUAUAAUUAUAAAUCAGGAUAUUGUGUAAUAAAUGAAUGUUUUAUUGUA